GGUUCCGCCAACUUUGUUUUUGGUGGUGGUCGGUGGUCAACCGUGUUCGGUGUUGGGAUGAAAUUGAUUUUGAGAACAAAGACAACCCGAAGUUAGCACGAGGACGGAACUGUAUCAAAGCAUCCUAAUUUUGGAUAUUUGAUCCGCCUACAUAUUGAACGCGGGAAAUAUAACGCAAUUGAUGUAAACAGUACAUUGUGACGUCAUAUUCAGUGUCGUUAUUUAGGAAAUUUACAAACAUAGCGUUUGAACCACAACAACAAACAUGGCAUUAAUCGUGAAGUGAUUAUAUAUGAUUAAGAAAAUAAGAUUUACAUGCUUUUGCGAAUUUUAUGUAACAUCUCAGAACGACGUGAACUAGGGUAGACGAGAUUCAAAAUGGAGAAAUACAUGUCCACGCGAUAAUAUUCGAAUCGACGCCAUUAGUACCAAAAUUUUCAAGUUCCAUAGUUUCAGAGGAUACUUAUACAGAAUCAGAAAACCACAGUGAUGAUCCGGAAAUCCGGAUCACAGGCUGUGAAAUCCACAGUAUCAGAGAACGAUACAUUGAUGGGUUGUAAGUAAAUCAUGUCUUGGCAUUCAGUAUUUAGUAUCAUAGGCUGUCCACUGGGACUGCUUUACAUUUUCAAUAUUGUCCUGUCUCACAAAAGGAGGAAAGAUUUAAAGGGGAAGAUAGUUUUGAUUACGGGAGCCAAUUCAGGCUUAGGGAAAGCAUGUGUUGCGACUUUCCAUCAAGCAGGCUGCAGGGUUAUCAUGGCAGGGAGAAACCACGAGGAAUUAAAUAAAGUGAGAGAAGAAGUCAUUAAGAAGCAGUUGCCAGACACAUUUUCUCCAGAAAUUCUGAUCAUGGAUUUGAUGGACUACAAAAAUAUGCAGGAGUAUGUCUCCAAGGGAUUGAAAAUAUUUGGACAAAUAGACAUUCUCAUCAACAAUGCAGGAGUCAGCUACAGGGGGGAGAUAAGUGAUACACAAAUAUGUGUGGACGAAAAAGUAAUGGCAGUCAAUUAUUUUGGACAAAUUGCAUUGGUGAAAGAGGUUUUACCACACAUGAAACAACAAGGAGGUGGAUCCAUUGUAGGUGUAAGCAGUGUGCAAGGGAAAAUCGCCAUUCCAUACCGAUCAGCAUAUGCAGCCUCCAAGCAUGCUUUUCAAGCUUUUUUCGACACUCUGAGAGCAGAGGUUUCCAGUGACAAUAUCCAUGUGUGUGUUGUUAGUCCUGGCUACAUUCAAACCAACCUAUCCCAGAAUGCAGUGUGUGGAGAUGGAUCAACAUACAACAAAAUGGACAGCACCACAGCCACUGGAAUGGAGCCAGGUUUGGUUGCCCAAAGGAUUCGACAAGCAGUGGAAUUCAGAGAAAAUGACAUUGUGCUAGCUCCUUUUCUCCAUAAACUUGUCAUGUGCAUUAGAACAUUAUGUCCCUCUAUAUUUUUUUUAAUAAUGUGUUAUAGAGCUAAAUCAGGUAAGAAACAACACUCAAAGUGCAAAUAAUCUUAACUGCUAUAAUUAUUCUAUUCUGCUGUUAAAUAUAUUACAAUGUAUAAUAAAAAUGGAAAGGAA